AUGGCCGGCUCACACUCGCACAGAUCCUCGCAGACAGGAGGUCAUAAGCCGUUCAAGUCUAAGCACGCGUCCAAGGGUGCGUUAAAGGCGCAGAACAAGGGUAAGGUCGACCGCACCAAGGCCAACAACAAACCGAUCAAGACCAUCACCAAGUUGGAGAGAAAGCAUGUGGCAACACAGAUCAAGUACAACAAGAUCUUGAACUCCACGUUGUCGAGAAAGUUGUUUGAGGGGUCCAACGCAGCGUCCAAGGUGGUUACCGUGAUUUCGCUCACCACCGACAUCACCGCGGAGAUGAUUGCGGGCCAGUUGCUCAAUUGUGUGAGGGACCCCGAAGAGGAUGAGGUUGUGUUUUCCGUGCCUUCGAUAUCGGAUGUAAAGGUUCAGCGGUUCAAGUCCAACUUGAAGAUCAUCUUGCCGGAUCCAACCAACUUUCUCAGCGUGCUUGAUUCCGCCAAAGUUUCCGAUUUCGUGGUUUUUGGAUUCUCUGCGACCGAGGAAAUUGAUCCAGCUAACGGUGAGCAGAUCUUGAGAGCGUUGGAGUCGCAGGGUAUUGCUUCGGUCAUUGGUGUGAUCCCUAACCUCGUCACUGCCUAUCCUAAGAAGAACCUUCAGAAGGACAUCUACCAGUCGUUGUUUUCUUUCUUUAAGCAUUUCUUCCCUAACCAGGAUAAGCUCUAUGCGUUAGACUCCCCUCAGGACUGUGUCAACUGCACCAGAACUUUGUGCCAGAAGUUCCCAAACAAGAUCUCGUGGAGAGACUCCCGUGGGUACAUGCUCGCGGAGGCCGUCUACUGGAAGGAGUCUGAAACCCCUGACGAAGGACAUUUGGUGAUUGAAGGGACCGUCAGAGGGAUUGGCUUCAACGCCAACCGCUUGGUGCACAUUCCAGGUUUUGGCGACUACCAGCUCCACCAGCUCGAGAAGCUCACAAAGUCUCACGGUGGAAUUGCAGCCGCAACCGAUGUGUUUUCCCCCACCGAAAACCAGGAGGGCAUGGAUGAGUUAGCGCCCGAGGAAGUUGACAUGGACGAGGAGUGGGAGUCCGAGGAUGAGGACAGACGUGGGGUCAGAAUGGACAGCCACGUGUAUCUCCAAGACACCUACGACCGCUCAUUGCCACGGAGAGUGCCUAAGGGUACCUCCGACUACCAAGCCAAGUGGUACCUCGAUGACUCCAUCAACACGGACGAUGAAGAAGAGGAGGAAAUGGAGGAGGAGAUGGAGGAGGAGAUGGAGGAGGAGAUGGAGGUGGAGGAGGAGGCGGCGGAUUUCGACGAUGCAAAGUCCGAGAUGUUUGUGGAGUUGUCACCGGAGGAGGAGGAGCGCCAGUUGGCGGAAUACAGGGAGCAAAUUGACGAGGACCGUGAGUUCCCAGACGAGCUCGAGUUGGACCCUAAUGAGUCGGGUAUCGAGAGAUUGAAGCGCUACAGAGGGGUCAAGUCUUUGGGUAACUGCACCUGGGACUACGAGGAGAACCACGACCCGAACAAGCCAAGCGUGCUCAAUCGCUUGUUGGCAAUCAAUAACUACAAGGCCACCAGAAACAGGGUGCUCAAGGAGGCGAUUGUCGAGGCGGAGGUCACCCCGGGGACCAAGUGCCGUAUGUACGUGAAGGCCCCACGCUUCUUGCUCGAAAGAAUCGCCGAUGUCAAGCAGACGGCGUUCAUUGUGUAUGGGCUCUUGGAGCACGAACACAAGUUGGCGAUGGUUAACUUCCACAUGAAGCCGUGGGAAGAGGCCACCGAGCCAUUGGCUUCCAAGUCCAGUAUCAUUGUCCAGUACGGGCCAAGACGCCAGGUCAUCCAGCCGGUCUUUUCCCAGAAUUCGAACAACUCGAACAAUGUCACAAAAUACGAGAAGUUCUUGCACCCAGAGAACACCACUGGAUGUAUCGCCACGUGUAUCGCCCCAGUGGCGUUCGCAUCGUCGGUGCCUGCGAUUUUCUUCAAACAGGAUGGUGAGACGGGUGCGAUCAAGUUGAUCGGUUCCGGUACCUUCUUGAACUCCGACAACAAGAGAAUCAUGGUCAAGCGCGUGGUGUUGACGGGCCACCCGGUCAAGAUCCACAAGAGAAUGAUCACUAUCAGAUACAUGUUCUUCAACUCCGAGGAUGUCAACUACUUCAAGGCCAUUCCGUUGUUCACCAAGAUGGGCCGCACCGGUUUCAUCAAAGAGAGCUUGGGGACCCAUGGUUACAUGAAGGCGACGUUCGACGGUAAGUUGAACCCACAGGACACCAUUGGGAUGGCCAUGUACAAGAGGGUUUGGCCAAAGACUAGUAUCAUGUGGAGCAGUUAG